UAUAACCCGCUCGCUGCUAUCUCCUGCGGAUUAACGGGGCGAUCGAAGCGCGCGUGAUCCAACUUCUCCAUGGGUUAUUCGUCGACUUCACAGAGCUCGGGCGGCGCCGACGCCAAUCGGAAAUUUAAGAUAAUUUCAGGGUUCAUAAACAACGCGAAGAAACACAAGCACAGCUUCAUUCAAUUGGCGGCCAUGACGGGAAUUUUUCUUCUGAGCUGCAGAUCUUUGGGGCAAAAGUACCGGAUCCAUGAUCUCCAGGAGGAUACUCAUAAGCUUAAGGAGGAGCAAGAGUCACUCUCCGAGCGCAGGAAAAACAUUAAGAGUGCACUACUUCACGAAGCUUCCCUUGACUCUACCGGCCUCUUUGCUUCUCGCCUUCGUCUUCUUUUCGACGAAGAAGAUUAAUCAUAGGAUACAGGGGCAGUCAAUUCACAGAGGCUCGAAAAAGAAAGGGGGAGGCUUGAAUGGAUAUGUAAAGCCUUA